UGGCUUAUCUCUGUGUAUUUUUUAUCUGACACAGGAACUGUAAGUCCACCUAUGCUUUCUGACAACAACCGCAGCAGUAUCGCCUGGAUAAUUACUGUCAAGCAUGGCUGUGUUUGAGAACUGCUCCAUGCUUUUUGAGCUGAAAACUUUGCCUUUCAAGGAGAAGACUAAGCUGAAAUCAGCAGUAACAGAAAAUGGAGGCAACAUUUCCUUUGUGGUCAAUAAACAGUGCUCUCUGAUAGUGACCAGUAAUGUGUCCAACCUGAGCUCCAACAGGCUGCGUAGCAUCCAAAAAUACCAAACGCCUGUGGUCGGGGUGGAUUAUGUGUACAGCUGUCUGGAGAGAGGUGUUCUUCUGCCUGUGGAUGAAUACAAGCUGGAUACUUCCUCUGCUUUUUCACUUCCUCUUCCUUUCUCCUCCAUCAUGCAAAGUCCACUCUCACAUCAAGUACCAACGAGCAAAGCAGUUGCUGAGCUGUCCAAAGGCCCAGCCAAACCUGUGGACUCUGUCCGCCUAGAUCAGAAGGCAAGGUCUCCAGAGAGGAGUGGAAACAUCCUGGAAAUGUUCAGAAUUUAUACUGAAACUGAUUUUGAUCUUCCAACGUAUCCGGAACAUUUUCAAGUGGCGAAGUAUUCAAUCUUUGAAAAGGUAAACAGCAAGACUUGGUGUGUGCUGGAGCUGCAGAGUUACAAAGGAGAGAAAGGAUGGCAGUACCGUGUGGUCAGGUACUGGAAGGACGAUAUAGGAGCCAAGAAGGCGGCGGUGAGGGAUAUGCUGGUGUUUCUGUCCACCUCAGAGGAAGCUCUGGAGGUGUACAAGGCCCUGAGAGAGAAACUGCAGGCUACUGGUCUGCAGCUGAGGAACAACACGCCUUCGCAGGCCGGGGACCUGGGCUCCGCCCCCCUCCAACAGCUGCUGCUGGAGGAGAAGCUUAACACAGGAAGCUUAUCACAGGAAGUGGGCGUGUUUGUGGAGCUGCUGUGGACUGAGGCCCUGGGCUGCCUUAGCAACAUCCUCAGAGUUCCGAUCGAUAAGCUCAGCCUCAACGAUGUGAGCAGGGCGGAGGGCUUGUUGCUUCAGGCUCAGAGGAAGCAGAGAGAGGGAAAUACUCAUGAGGUUGUGUCCCUCCUUGGUGAGGUUUACACCCUGCUGCCACACAUACAAGCACUGAUUUACCACUUGUCUCCCACUGCCAAGUUCAUCUCUCAGAAACUGGACCUCUGUCAGUUAAUCAAAGAUGUUCUGAACGUGAGCGAGAUGACUCUGAGGAGCCCCACGCCGUCUUGUCUGGGGAAGUACCGCGCUCUGAGGUGCAGCAUUGAGACUGUCCCCCCCGGCACUGCCGAGUUUCAGGCUGUGACCGCUCUGCUGCAGGACAGCAAGGUGCAGGUCCAGCAGGUUCUGUGUGUCAGAAGAGGGGUGGAGCUACAGACGUUUAAGAGUGAUAUCGGGAACAUUAAGCCCCUCCUCCAUUCCUCCAGCCCCAGCAACUUUGUGGGACUGCUGUCUCGUGGUCUGCUGCUGCCCCGUGUUGGAGUGGAGCAUCAUGGGAUAGAGAGAACAGACGUUGGUAAUCUGGGAAGUGGAAUCUACUUUAGUGAUGCCAUGAGCACCAGUUUGAAAUACUCCAGGCCCAGUGAGACAGACGGCUCUCGGCUGCUGUUGGUGUGUGAUGUGGCGUUGGGACGAUGCGAGCGGGUACACAAGAGAGACCUCACACUGACCCAGGCUCCUGAGGGCCACCACAGCGUGCACGGGGUCCGCCGCACCCCUAACACUCCCUCUGAGUUUGAGGACGACGAGUACGUGGUUUACAGUCCCGAUCAGGUGAAACUGAAGUAUGUGGUUCAGUUCAGCGUCGAGGGAGAACAACUGAAGGAGUUCAGUCCUGCCAUCGACACCUCAGCUGAGCUGGGUCUGCCCUCUUCAGACCAGCAAGAAACAGAGUGUGUCUUGGACGAUCAGGGGUUUGAAAACAUCAAAAACCCACUGGCGGAUGUGACAGCUGGACUGUUGGACAGUUCUGGUCAGCAGCUCCCUCUGCAGGCCGUCCACGUGAAGUGCAAGCUGAUGGAUCUGCUUUCUCAGGUCAUCAUUUUCCAGAAAUACACCAACCUGAGCCCUGUGCCCAUUGAGGCAAAGUAUGUCUUCCCGUUGGAUGAUUCUGCAGCAGUGUGUGGAUUUGAAGCUUUCAUCAAUGGGAAACAUGUGGUGGGACAGGUGAAGGAGAAGGAGCAGGCUCGCAAGGAGUACAAGCAGGCUAUUGAGAGAGGCCAUGGAGCCUACCUCAUGGACCAGGACGCCCCCGAUGUAUUUACCAUCAGUGUUGGCAAUCUUCCGCCCGGUGCGACCGUCCUCAUUAAAGUUACAUUUGUGUCUGAGCUGAUUGUCCGGGACGGGAGCAUUCUCUUCUCCCUGCCUGGGAGUGUGGCUCCGUGGCAGGAGAGUGCGGCGCUCAACCAGACCACACAAGUCACUGUGGAGAAGGUGUGUGUGACUGAUGAGGCAAGAGAGUUCACUCUGGACAUGUCAGUUGAGAUGCCGCAUGAGAUCACCAACCUACAGUGCAUCACUCACAAAGUCAAGAUCAAGAGAACCGACUGUAAGGCGGUGGUGAGCGUGCUGCCAGGAGAGGUCAUGGGACAGGAAGGUUUCCAGCUGUCAGUUACUCUGUCUGAGGUCCACCUGCCCAGGAUGUGGGUGGAGAAACACCCCGACAAGGACAGCCAGGCCAGCAUGUUAGUUUUCUAUCCAGACUUUGAAGACAACUCCAGUUCAGCAUCCGAUGAAGUCAUCCUCUUGCUGGACACGUCUGAGUCCAUGAAGGAAGAGUCUCUCCGCAUGGCCCAGAAACUCGCCCUGCAGGUCCUCAAAAGCCUCAACCACAACCUCAGACUCAAUGUCAUUUUCUUUGGCACAGAUCACACAGAAGCUUUCCUGGCAGCACAGCCGUAUGUUAAAGCCCGUCCAGCAGCCGAGAGCUUCAUCAAGCGCUCCAGCCCAGUCGGGGGCAGCACUGAGCUGUGGCGGCCUCUGCGAGCUCUCAGCCUGCUGCCUCCAUCCCGCGGCGUCAGGAACCUGCUGCUGCUGUCGGACGGCCACAUCCAGAACGCGGAGCUCACCUUGCAACUUCUCAGAGACAACGCUCAGCACAGCCGUCUCUUCACCUGCGGCCUCAGCCCGACAGCCAAUCGGCACAUGCUGAGAGCCCUGGCCAGGGCAGGGGGUGGAGCCUACGAAUUCUUCGACACAAAAACCAAACACAAUUGGGCAGAGAAGGUGGCGUGUCAGGUGAAGCGUAUGUCGUCUCCUGGCUGCAGUUCAGUGUCAGUAAAGUGGCAGCAGUUCAACCCAACAGCGGCCCCUCCUGUGCAAGCCCCCAAGCAGCUCAAUGCUCUGUUCAAUGACUGCCACACCCUGGUUUACGGCUUUGUUCCACACUGCACUCAGGCCACCCUCCUUGGAAACCUGAGCGGUCAGGAACUCAAAACCAUGGUGUCGACCAGUGAGCUGCAGAAGACCAGGGGCACGUUUCUUCACAAGCUCACAGCGAGGGCCCUCAUCAGGGAUUACGAAGACGGAAGCCUGGAUACCAAUGAAGCUGAACAUGAGGGGAAGAAAGUGGAGUUGAAGCGCUUCAUCAUCGAGUUAAGCAAGGAGUUCUCCAUCCUGUCUCAGUUCACCAGCUUUGUGGCCAUCGAGGAAAGGGACUCCGAACAACCAGAGGAGGGCUUCACGGACAUCCCCAAGUUAAUCGAAGAUGAAGAUGUGGACUUCCUACCCUACAUCAGCUGGAUUUCUCCUCAGGAUAGUAAAGAGGAUCAGUUAGCAGAUGAUAGUUCUUCGGAGAGUGAAGAAGGUUCAGAGAUGGAUGAGGAAGAGCAGGGGCACUAUUAUCUUAUGGAGGGUGAUGAAGCGGACUUUGAUCUUAUGGAGUACGGGGGAGAGUCUGAAAUUUAUGAUAAUUUGGAUGGAAGUUGCGCGUCAUCGGCGGUGUAUGAAGAAUGUUCAGAUGAAGUGAUGUACGCGGGAGCGUCUGAAAUUGAUCCUGAUUUGGUUGGAAGUUGCUGCAAUUCAGCGGCUGUGUAUGAAGAAUGUUCAGAUGAAGUGAUGACGGAUGGACGUUGUCAGACAGAGGCAAUAAAGGCUCCACUUUAUGCAGCCAAGAGUGUCCAGAGUAGGAGACUCAUGGACAUGAGCUCCAGAGAAGCGGGUCCCCAAAUUUUACGUAGGCAAGCUUACCUACCGACCUGUAUGGUCCCUCUUCCUCCUCCUCCUCCUCCUCCUCCUCCUUGUCCACCCGGUGCUCCACAUAUGCGACCCCUAGUUAUGGCCUCUGAUGUCCCCCCACCUACCUCUUCAUUGUUUGGUUCAGCCCAUUCAUUUGAUCGUCUUCCUGGUGUUCCUCCACCUAUGUCUUUCUCCUACGAUGCCAUGCCAGCUUCUGUCAGUCAGUCACUGUGUUUACCGAGUUCAGACAGCUCAGGGAUACAACAUUUCCGUCAACCACAGUCAGCGAUGUACACUUCCUUUGCACCUAAAAUCCCCACACUCUUGGGCAGCAUGAGACGUACCACAUCCUCUAACUCAAUGGAUAUGUCUUCUACUGAACGUUCUGCUGCAUUUUCUCCUUUGGAAUUUUCUUCAGCAAUGCCGAUGUAUGUAGCUCCACAACAACAACAGUCAGCUUUUAGUGUCAGUAACAUGUCCCUUUUGCCUCGAGUCAGAUCUUUUGACAGGAGUCUUCCCGUAACACACGGACAGACACAAGCAUGUUUUGGUAGUUUUACAUCUCUAAAACAGUCAAGAUUUGGUCCCAGUGGCUCUCUGCCUCAACACCAACCCAUUGAACAGGAUGUUGGUGUUAUAUCUGUUGAACCAGAAAAUCAAGGAUGUAUAAGUUCAAAACUGAGAAGAGAAAUAAACUCAAUGCCGAAAGCAGACGUUCUACCAGCACCUGCACCUGAUGUAUCUCAGGCUCAUUUAAUGAAGGGAUUGCACCUUGGCUCUCGAAUUAUGAUGUGCAAGAAGCGCCGUCGUAUGCCUUUAUCAGAUCAACUCCUCGACGACAAGUCAGCAGAUCCUGAAGUGCUGCAGCUCAGAUGGACAAAGAUCUUCCAGAUGCAGCAUUUGGAGGGCUACUGGGAGUUAACCACAGAACUGGGUGAGCUUGUGAAUGUCGAUGCAGACCUCUUUGCCAACGUCUUCCUGAAGAACAAGGGCAUCCAGUCUCUAGGUGUGAGGGCCCAUGAAGACAUCCUGAGGCUGGUGGCGACUCUUCUGGUUCUGCAGCUGAUGAGGGAGGAGAAGCUGAAGGAGGGCAAACUGCUCCGCACUCUCUUCUGUCUGGACGACUCCCUUCAGCCAAGGCCCGAGCGGUGGGAAGAGGUGAAGAGGGCGGUGGACUGGGUUUGCUGGGCUGACCGCCAGUACCCGUGUGUCUACAGCCGGCUGGAGUUUGGUCUGAGCUGGGAGACCUCCACCCGUCAGCUGCUGGGUUUCGAGGGCCUCCCUCCCUUCUCACCUCUUAGUGGUCUGAAACUGCAGAGGACUGUUGGGCAUCUAAUGGUCCACUGAGCACGCCAACAUAACUGAGGGAGCAUGAAGAGAAGAUAGCGAGAGAGAAAUUCAUAACGCUUUUCCGUUUUUCAGGGAAGAUUUUUUUUUUUUUUGUGGGGCUUUUGUGGGUCGGAUUCAAACCCACAGUCGCUGCCAGGGACUCAGCCUACAUGGGGCGCACACUCUACUGGGUGAGCUAGAUGUCGCCCUGGGAUGAGAUUAUCUUUGCGAUUUAUUUCUUACAAAUGCAUGAUUUAUACUCCCUUUUAUACACUUAAAUAACCAGAUCCAGUUGAUUUCUUCAGUAAUCUGAUUUCUUUAAACUUCACAAAUACAAGAAAUGCAGUUUCUUUAAUUGGUGUAGGGGUUUGGAGAUUUAGAUUUCUCCUGGUUAAUUUCUUGGACAUAUACUGAUAUACUAAUAACUGGGUUUAUUACUGCUUUCUACAUGUACGCAUGUCUAUGACAAAGCCUUCAGACAGGGAAAUUAUCCCUGUGACAGCAGGGCAACAGGAUAAAAGGAAAGGUCAUGAAGAGUAGCAUGGCAUCUGCGUGUUCAAAAUAUUCCCAUCCAAAGUUACACUAAAACUGAAACUGCUGUAAUACCGCAGUAUCUAGAAGUGCAGUUUCCUCUGAGCGUUAAAUUAGACACAGCUGUCUUCCCACUGACACAAACACACAUACACACACACACAGAUACAUACAUAACAAAAUCAGGAAGCAGUGCCUUGCAGUGAAAGUAAUUUAGUGAUAUUUCUGAAUAAGGUCAGAGAAGUGGAGAAAUGUGAUGACUGACCUGCUGCAUAUGUAACCUGGUUUCUCUGAGUAACACACAAAAGAUUCAACAAACUUGAGUGUAUCUGAAUCUUUUGUGUGUUUUUAUAAAACUACUGUACCAAAUAACCUGCCUUGCCUUACAUAUACAACUGCCUUUCAGCACCUUUUGAUUACUUUAUUGUAGGAUAGAAGUUCAAAAAGAAGAAAAUACAAACACACUUACAAGGAGUAAAUAUGUACAUACUGUAUUCACACAUCAUGCUGAGUCCACACAAUAGCUCUCUGAAGCUAAGUUUCCGCUUGUUAGAGCUAGUUGUGUUAGCCUGAAGCAACAAUGACUUACAGCUAGUAUCCGUGUGCUGUCAAUUAGGAUAUAAGACAAUGGCAGGUAUUUUAUCACAUCAUUUUGUUAUUUUGUGGGGGCCAUUCUGGAAUUGGCUGCCCACAACUUGGUAUACAGACAUACAGUACGUUAAGAAAAAAAAAAUAAUCAAGAUAAAUACCUAGAACAUAUUGUGCAUGCACAUGUGCUGACCUGACUAAACCUUUUACGUUUUUUCAGGUCAGUUUUAGGAUUAAAGGGGUGAUAGAAUGAUUAAUA